AUGUUCUCGCGGGCAUUGAGAACGAGCCGCGCUGCUCCCCUGCGGAGUUCAGCUUUUUCCAAAGCAGCCCUUGCUAAGAGGACUGUCACAACCGAUGCUGCCAGCGCCCACGCGGAUAAGGAUGCUGUUCCAGAGGAAGAUGACAAGCCUUUUACCGUCCACCUCUCCGAUGAGAGCUUCGAAACCUACGAGCUCGACCCUCCUCCCUACACACUCGAGACGACAAAGAGAGAGCUAAAGCAGAUGUACUACGACAUGGUAUCCACUCGUCGUAUGGAAAUGGCCGCCGAUAGACUGUACAAAGAGAAGAAGAUUCGCGGUUUCUGCCAUCUCUCCACCGGACAAGAAGCUGUCGCCGUCGGUAUCGAGCACUCUCUUACCAAGGAAGACGAUGUCAUCACUGCCUACAGAUGUCAUGGUUACGCUCUGAUGCGUGGUGCUUCCGUCAAGAGCAUCAUCGGUGAAUUGCUCGGUCGCCGUGAAGGUAUUGCCUACGGAAAGGGUGGAUCCAUGCACAUGUUCGCGAAGGGAUUCUAUGGUGGAAACGGUAUUGUCGGAGCUCAGGUUCCUGUUGGAGCUGGCUUGGCAUUCGCCCACAAGUACAACGGAAACAAGAACACCAGUGUUGUGCUGUACGGUGAUGGAGCCAGUAACCAGGGUCAAGUUUUUGAGGCUUUCAACAUGGCCAAGCUCUGGAACCUCCCAGUUCUAUUCGGAUGCGAGAACAACAAAUAUGGUAUGGGUACCGCAGCCAACCGCUCCUCCGCCCUCACAGACUACUACAAGCGUGGUCAAUACAUCCCUGGUCUCAAGGUCAACGGAAUGGACGUCCUCGCCGUGAGGGCAGCCGUCAAGCACGCCCGCGAGUACGCCACCUCCGGCAACGGUCCCCUUGUCCUCGAAUACGUCACCUACAGAUACGGCGGACACUCCAUGUCCGACCCCGGAACCACCUACCGAACCCGCGAGGAGAUCCAGCGCAUGCGCUCCACCCAAGAUCCCAUCGCCGGCCUCAAGCAGAAACUCAUCGAGUGGAACGUCGUUUCCGAGGAGGAGCUCAAGACUAUCGAUAAGGAGGCUCGCUCGGCGGUUGACAGCGAGGUCGCUGAGGCGGAGAAGAUGCCUAUCCCUGAGCCGACCCCAAAGAAUCUUUUCGAGGAUAUCUAUGUACGAGGUAGUGAGCCACAACAUAUGAGGGGACGUACGCUCGAGGAGAACUACUACUAUUAG